AGCGUUGGCCUGCCUUCUGUUCGAUACCUUUGGCUCGUUCGGGCCCUAACAUCGGUACGUUCGCGGCUUCCUCGACCUGCGGUGACGACCUCUCGGCGUCCGCCCACGCAGCAAAGACCCCAAAGACGCCGCUGCCCAACCCUGAUGCGUGCUGGUGGCGACUAGGAUGUCCUCUCCCGGCCGGCUGCCGUGCCCUCGCCACUCUUCGUCCUUCGUCGUGCCCGGACUGUAAGGCGGUGCCCCUUCCUGGGGUAGCACAAGGGAACACACUCUGCUCGAGGAGGAGCGAGGUGGCAGCGUCUAGUUGAGGGAUUGGAACCAGGUUUGAGCGUGACUGGGGAAGAAGCCCAAAGCCCGAGGUAGCACCAAGCAAAAGUGAUGGCUGCCAACCAUGACAGGAAGAAUGACGACUGCUACUUUUACUUUUACUCGACGUGCACCAAGGGGGACGACUGCCCCUUCCGGCACUGCGAAGCAGCCCUGGGCACGGAGACGGUGUGCCCGGCCUGGAAGGAGGGCAACUGCCUCAAGAAGACCUGCAAGUUCCGGCACAUGGAGAGCAGGAAGAACCGGUCCCAGAUCCCCUGCUACUGGGAGAACCAGCCCAGCGGCUGCCGCAAGCCCCACUGCGUGUUCCUGCACAGUCGGCCGAGGGCGGCCAUUCCGGACGUGCUGGGCCAGCAGCGGGCACAGGGCUUGAUUUUGCCCGUGCCCGCUCCAGUCGUAGCGUCGCCCGCGGAGGCAGCAGCGGCCGCGGCAGCCAUGGUGGUGGCGGCGGGACCCAAGCAGCCCGACCUGACGGCCACUCUGCCCCAAGCCAUCGAGCCGGUCGUGGUCAACUUUGACGAAGAGUCGGACACGGAGAGCACUGCGGAGAGUCCACAGAAGCGCCCUCCAGCCACGCCCCGUAGACUGCAGCUGACAACAAACCACGGAGGACAAGAAGAUAUUCAAGUAAAAACUCUCCACCAAAUCCGACAAGAGAGACUCCAAGGAACCCUCGAACCAGAAAAGGUUUCAAGCUCAGGCCAAGAAGCCCUGGACGCAGACUCCGAGAGGCUACACGAGCAGGAGUUACUGCACCGAAUCCUGGCGCAGCCCGAGGUCUACUCGGUUCUUCGAGUUGAAAGCGACGACCUGAGAGAUAAGCUGCUGAGAAGAAAACGGAGGUUUGACCCAGAUGACAAUGGAUGCGCAGAUGUAAAGCAAGCAAGGAUGACUGAAGUUAAGCAAGGCGAGAAACUGACGUCGGAGAGGCGUGUUCGCAUCAAGAGGCCAGUCUUCGGAGUGAUUUCCCCUGUCAAGUUCCCUCCUUCGAACGAGGCUCCGCUGAGACAGCAGCAUGUUUUCUCCGUUGCAGACAGGACCGAGCAUAUCAGGAACCAAGAGACUGCAGUCAGUUCAAGCACUCCGGAUGCAGAACCCGAAGCUCCCAAAUCCCCGGAUAAUCUGGGAGACUACCUGGAACUCGAAGCGAUGGAACCGGAUGACCUGGACGAAUCUUGCCUCAAGAAAACCACGACUGAUCUCAUGAACGAACUGGAGGACAUGCUUCAGUGAUCUCCCUUUGCUCCGUUGUCAUGUCCCUAGACGGAUUAAUUAGGCACUGAAAAAGAUUUCCUUUCGGUAUUUGGACACCAAAAAAGGCUGGUUCACACCGUUGCGUUUGAGUGUGAUCGACCGCGCCACCACUACCCGUGUGGUCUCUUGUCGAAAGCCGUCACAAAUGGUCGUAGUGUAAUCGAUCAGAGUCAAGAGCAAAUUAUGUAAACCAGUUUUAGAAUCUUCGGUGAACGUACUUAAACACACACGGUGGACACGGAUAAAGCUUUGGGGAUCAUGAGCUAAAUUUAAUGGCUCAUAAAAGAGGGAGAAGAGAGCGUUAGGGGAAGCCUAUCUCAGGGCUAACUACGUCUCCCCUUUCUACUGACUGCUAAGUUCCAACGUCCGCUGUUGUUGUCCGUAACAGCCACGGGCGGACGAUACCAGUUAAGAGUUCUAUCUGCGUGUGCCCAUAUGUAUAUUACAGCACUUUUAGUAUUUGCUUCAGGGGAAGAAAUUUCUCCUUUUCGCGCCUAAGCAUCUGGACUACUCCUGUACGCAUUCAGGUGUUGUGCGGCCAUUAGAGCGAAGUUUAUACACCAUUACACAUUGUCAUUGAAAUUCAACCUGACAUUCAUCCAUCCACACCUUUCAGGCAAUUCGUGAUGCCAUUUCUUAUGCAGCUUUCUUCAGAAAGUGCUCAAGAUAAGUUUUUGGAGGAAGUCCUCCGAUGCGAGUUUGGUAUUACAAAUGUGAUCGAUAAUAUUUUUUGCGCGUGGUUAAAGUUAGUUGCAGUGUCAAAUUGUUACGUUGUUUUAGAUGCUGAUACAAGCAAUGCUGCUAGGAUUGAAAUGUCAGGAUGUUCGCUGCAA